CAAUGUUUGACUGAUCCUCAGUCUUUGCUGGAAAUUUUUACCAUUCCUCCGGGAAAGCAUGCACUCGUGACAGUCAUUUCAGUGAGAUCCAAAGGUCACCGCACUGGCCUGGCACAAAGCCUCAGAAUGUCUCCUCUGCUGGUCAACGCUUUAUUUCUCUGUGUCUUAGGUAGGACCCACGCGGUUUACAAAAAGUGGGUCCCCAGUACAAAUUUUGAGAAUGGAACUAACUGGGACAAGGGAACAGUGCCUUGCAGUAGUGAUCGGAUUCAGUUCUUAGCCCAGAAGGAAGUGUCUGUGUAUGUGGAAACCAUCCACGGAAUUCACGAGAUGUACCUGCCUAUGGACGGGGAGUUUAUCCUGCCCCAGGGAGCAGGUUUCGCUGCCAGCAAUGGCCAGAACGAUGACUGUGGACCGGGAUCUGAGGUUACAUUCAAGGAUACCGAACUGCUGCGGUGGUUUGACCCAGCCCAGUGGCAGGCGGCCUCCUCCUGGGACAACCUAGAGAAAGGUCCUUUCCUGUUCUCAGUGCAUGAGGAAAGCGUGCCAUGCCCGCAGGACGACGUGGUCUUCUGGGCGGAAUCCUCAUUCCGGGUGGACACCUCGGCCGACCAGCUAAGCGUGCCCGUGAAAAGCGUGUCUGUGCUGGGAAAGAGAUUCAGUUCCUCUGACGACUUUGCUCAGUACCUGAGUUCACACUCGGGCCGGCUUCAGUUCCAUGGAGCUUCCAAAGUCCAUGUCGGUGAACCAGGCUGCAGCGACAAAAUGGGCUGUGUUUGCGACAAUUCUGCGAACCAUUACAGGAUCUGCUCGGCCGUGAAAUGCGCGCCCACGGACUGUAAGAAGCCCCUGAGAGCUGCGGGACACUGCUGCGAUGUGUGUGGUGCAAUCGUGCAUUUGCGAUGCAAAGUUGGCUUUGACCUGUCAACAUACCAACAACGGCUGCAUCACCUCUUCCUCAUCCAGCCAUCCUAUCAGUCUGUCCAGCUGGCCAUGUCAAGGCUCUCUAAAAUAUGGCCACUCAGGCUGAUAUUUCGGGAAGUGGUGGCUGAAAUUCAGGUGCUGAUCCUGGAUGGGGAAACGGGGGCCGAGUCCGGUAAGGUAGCAGAAUCUCUGGCUCGUGACAUCCUGAGAGAUGUCGGUUCCCAGGGAACACAUCUAGGCAUUGAAGGUGCAGACUUCCAGGCUUCGUCAGGCAGCAGCAGUACAGAGGGGACCAGCAGCAACGCAGGAGCUGUGGCAGGAGGCGUGGUGGCGGCCCUGCUGCUGGUGGCUUGCUUGCUCCUUCUGGCUGUCCUCAUCCAUCUAGGCAUCAUCAAAACCCCUAGCCUUCUCUCCCUGUCCAGCUGCAAGAAGGGCAGCGAGAUCGGGGAGCUGGGCGGACCCCUGGAUCAUGGAUUUGACAACCCCAUGUUCGACAAACCUACACUGAUGCCAGCUGAGCCUGAAUUGUACGUUAGAGAAACAGGCGGCUCCAUUGUUAUGACCAAUGCAGGCAUUCACUUUGUGAAUCCCAUUUACGAUGAAACCGAUUUUGAGACAUGAGCUUAUUCUCAACAUCACUGAUUUGGCUCAAUCUAGAAACACCCACGGUGAUCUUUCGUAGCAUUUCUCAGACUAAUUGUCACGACUUGUACUGUUUUGUCUCCAAUGAGUAAGUUCAGCCUAAACUUUAUUUUAACUAACUUAUCUAGUCCAUCUCAUGUGAUCUUUCUCACUUAAGCAUAUUCCUUUAUAGAAAAACACAAAGAAAAUCUUUUGAACGUGAAUCUCUGAAAUUUUGUCAAAAACCAAAAAACUUUCAGUUUUGUGCAUUUUUACGAUAGGAACACUGAGCUCGACUUGGAUGUAUAAAAGUAAACUUACUAAAAUGUGUACUUUGAUUUUAUUACUGCAAAAGCAUGUGCAAUGACAGUGGUUUAACAGUUAACAGUAAUUAGUACUGGUAUAAACAUUUAGCAAGGAGUGCAUGUUUUUACUGAGGGAUUCUAACACAGAAAACUGGUAUCACUGUGUCCAUGUACCUUUGCUUAGUUUAAACUACUUACUCUUAGAAAUACAUUCAUGAUUUAAUGGUGGGAUUAUUUUCCAGUUCAGUGGUUAGCAAAGUGGCCCAGUAUCUAGAUAUGUGACAAAAUAUCAGUGGUUCUCAAGAAAAUAAAUGAAUUUCUGUACUAAAUGUC